AUGAGGGGUAAUAAUUUAGAUUACAAAAAAGCAUAUGAAGAACUUUUAGAAAAAGAAAAAGAACAUCAAAAAAUAAAGAAAAAGAACUUCAAGAAAAAGAAAAAGAAAAUCAAAAAAAAAGAAAAAGAAAGAUCCAUCAGACAUCUUAUUGAUAAUGGCAUACCAAAGUGCAUUAUAACAUCAACAUCACAAUCUUCGUCAAACCAUGAUUCAUGUCAAUUACAACCUAGCACUUGGGUUGGGAUACCAAAUUUUGAAGAUCUUUUAGAAAAGAAUGGUGAUAAAGAAUCAAGUGUGUUGUCUCUUUAUAGAAACUCUGAUACUUUCACUGCUCGUAAUGAAUAUGAACUAUAUAAUUUUACAAAUCCUAUUAUUAGAGAUGCUUUGAAAUUAUGUGGUCUUGAACAUGAAAUUUCAAUUGUUUCUCAAGAAGAUAUUGUUGGAUUACAACCAGAUCAUUGGUUAUUAAAAUCAAAAACUAAUUAUAUUGGUUUAAUUCAAGUCGAAUGUAAUGAAGAUUCAUUUCAUGAACCAAAGGUCAUUGGACAAAUGUUUGAUUAUUUAAUGGAUCUUUCUUAUCGUUUUGGCAAAUUACAAGCAUUUGGACUUUUAUUAACAUACAACAAAGCAAUGACUGUAUCCACACAUGAUUCACUAAAAUCGGCAGCUGCUAAUAUUCAAACAUCUGCUUUACCUGAUCAAAUUAGCAAAACUAUGAAGAAAGAAGAUUAUGGCACACCAUUUGGGGAAUUGAAACUCAUAAAAACAUAUGCAGCUAAAGAUCAUUUGGUAAUGCCAUUCAUAAAACCAAUUGGAAAUGAUGAUUAUAAUAGUACAGAUUUUAUGGAUUUAAUAUCUACUGCAGCAGAUACUUUCUCAAGUAAAGGUUAUGAACAUAUGGAUUUACACAUUAGACAUAUUUGUAAAUACAAAAAAAAUGAAAAAUGUGAAUAUAUAUUUAUUGAUUUAUCAAGAGUAUCAAAAGUCACAGAUAAAGAUCAAGCAAAACAAAGAAUGAUUAAUUGUAUUUUAAAAGAUUUAGAAAAAAUCAGAUAUAAUCAUAGUUUAACCGAUAACGAACAACCAAACUCUUCCAUUGCCCAUGCAAAUCUUGAACGAUUUUCCAAUCCUUUUACCAUUCCUUUAACUCCAAAUGAUAAGUCCAAGUAA